AUGUUCAUUUUAAUUUAUUUAACCAAAUAUUUAAAUAAAAUUCUUACUUUACUAUUAUUCUGUAUGUUUAUAAUUAAUUCAAAUGAAUCUAAUCAAAAUUUAUUGGAUAUAAAUAAUUAUGUAAACAUUUCAUUAUUGAAAAUUCAUAAUAAAAUAAAACAUUCUAAUUCUAGAAGUAAACGUCAUAUUGAUCCAUCUAUACCAAUUGUAACAUCGAAUAAUUUAAUUUAUUCAACUGAAUUAAGAAUUAUUGCUAGUGCUGUAUGUAAAUCACAUUGUUUACAAAGAUGUUCAGAGAAAUUAAUAAAAGAUUCAGUGAAAGACAAUAUGAUCGAAGAGAUUGUGAAUAACUUAAUGAAAUUUCCAGUUCAACUUCGUGAUAAAUGCAGUCAAUUGUCUCCUGGAUUUUUGUAUUAUGAUGAAUGUGAACAGGCUUGCGAUUCAGAUCGUUUUUACAGUGACUGCAUAAAAAUGUGCGAGUCUGGUGAUUCACCUAGUGGAUGGUCAUGUCUUACUGGUUGCCGAUCCUUAGACGCAGCAUUGAAGAGACGCUCUGGUGAUUGCCCCGAACAGAUUGGCCUUGCAAUUCACCGCAUACCAAAUUUAGUAUCUGUCAAAAAUGAUCAGAAUUAUCCAUCACAUGAGUCUUCCGAAUCUUCACAGUUUAAUUUGGACAAACCCAUCUCUUUACCUGAGAGCGACAACGGAUUAAAAACCAAUAUGCUGGAGAAUUCUUGGUUUACACAUCAUAGCAGUGCAAUUAAUGAAAUAACCAGCUGCACAGUUGAUGCUGAAUGUCCACAAAAGCAAGAUAAAUGCUGUCAAUCACAAUGCAAACAAGCCUUAUUUAAUAAAGCAAUCUUGCCCCCGAUUCCAACAGUACGUAUUUUGGAAGAAAAACAUCCGCCAUCGUUUCUUGUUUCUUGGAAUAAUAACGAAAUAGAAGUCAGUAAUCUCAGCUUACCAACCGUGUACGUACUACAAGUCAAAUCCUAUUUUGGCCCAGAAUAUGAUAACCGUAUGUCAAGUCCCUGGAAAACAUUAGUUGUAUCUACAUUAAAAGGUGCCCAACUAAGUGAUCCUGCUGUUGGUUGGUGGUAUCAGUUUCAAGUGGCAGCAGUAAAUCAAUGGGGUUCUCUUGGUUUUGACACUCCAUCUCCACCUGUACAAUUAACAACUCUUCAACCUAGCCCUCCAUCGCCUCCAAGAGACUUGGCCGACGAAUUGUUAACACUACAAGCUAAUGGAAAAAUAAGAGUUCAGAUUCACUGGAACAGUCCAGCAACUACCAUAUUACCAGUUACUGAGUAUAGGAUCUCUUGGGGUCCUGAUUCUGCAAAUAUAGAUAAUAAUCAUAAAUUCACUGAAUAUCCUACUCAAUUUGUACAUACUGUUCCAUCGUCUCAAACAAAUUAUCAGCUGACAAAUCUUUAUCCUGGAGUACUGUAUCGAAUUGAGGUAAUUGCAAUGAGUGAAUGGGGUUCAACUCAACUUAGAUCACAACCAAAUACUUUGUUUAUUCAUACUCCAAACGUAGAUUCAAUCCAAGAUCAUAGAGAAGAUUCCCUAAUUGCCAACUUAAAGAAAAUUGAUGCAAACACUGUUCAACAUCUAAAAAACAAGAAGUAUUUGAACCAUUAUGAUGAGUCAUACUCUGAAGACCACCUUAGCCACAACUCAGGUAAAUCGGAUGUUUCUUUUGUUUGUAAUGGAACUAGUAAAAGUUUAGUAUUUAAAAGUUCAUUACCAUCUGAUUCAUCAAUUAAUCAUAUAAAUAUUAAAACUGCAGAAUUAUCAAUGGAAACUGAUGUAGCUGUCUUUGAUGGACAUGGUUUAAUAACUGAACUCAAAAUAUAUGAAUAUGAUUUAAAACAAACAUCUAAAACAGAGUUAAAUCAACAAACAAUGAGUUCACGUCCAUUAAUUGUUCGUUGGACGCCACAAGUUUGCAUUGAAACUGUCAUUGUCACUGGUAAUAAUAUAGAUGAAACAAAUUCCUUUCAAUCAGAAGCUUUAAUAGCCAAUAAUAUUGAUCAAUUUACUAAACCUUCAUAUUCUCAAAUAGAAAAUGCUGGACGGCGUAAAGAAUCACUGAAUUCAAAUGAAAAAUAUAUUUUAUUGAAUCCAGUAAAACAUGAAGUCAACAAUCAUGUUGACGGUAAAAGAUUCAAAAAGCCCAUUUUAAGACAUGCAACAUUACAAUUAACGAAUCUUAACUUUAAUUGUCGUUAUCUAAUUGAAUUAUUGUCUGAAAAACAAGAAUCAUCUAAACGAUCGGACAAAAAAAUUCACCCUGUCUAUACAUCUGGGUAUAAUGUUGAACUUUCUGCAUGGUUGUGUACACCAGCAUGUUCCACAGUCAAAUUAGCUUCAUGGAUUAAAAAACCAAAGUGUUUAGGUACUACACAAGUUUUAGAUAUUAUAACAGAACCAAAAAAUUUAUCAUAUAAGCAAAUAUCGGUAACGCCAACGAUCAGUUAUAAUAUAUCUUGGAAGUCAGGUGCUCUUGUAUCAAGAUCUGGGAGUUAUCAACAAUUAACUACUCAAGAAAUCUACAGUGACAAGACUAGUAAAAUUAUUUUCCCAGUGCACCACAGAAUUAUCUGGGGACCAAGCCGAGAUACUGCAAUGAAAUCAGUUGUAUGGAAAUCAUGGCCAAAUCUUCGACCUCGAAUUGAUCAUACAAGAGCUGAAACAAAAGUAUUACGAAACAGUGAAACAUCUAUAGUAUUGGAUAAUCUUCUACCAAAUACAUUAUAUGUGGUUAGUUUACAAGCAAUGACUGGAGAGCAUUAUAUGCCAAAUAAUGAUAAAAUAUAUAUAAAGUCUAAAAUUAAUAAUAAUAAUAAUGUGGGUCAUAUGCAGAAAAUAGAUAUGAAGCCAAGUCUUCUCUCUUUUCAAUCAAUGAAUUCAAAAGAUUUACACCAAUCGAAACCAUCAACACAAUAUUUAGGAUCUAGUAAAGAAGUUUAUCUAGUUUUUGAAACUCCUGAAGAUUCAAAUAUAUUCAAAGAAAAUGGGAAAUUAAUUGAUUCUUCAAAAGAAUUCCGAAGUUCAUUAGAAAAUGGUUCAUCAAACGUACGCCAAACAGUCAAAGAGAUAAUCCACUAUGCAGUCUAUCUGGCUUUAAUAAGAAUUAUAUUAAAUUACCAAAUUUUAAAUGUAUGA